AUGAAGACUGCACACACGCUGCUCCUGGCAGUCGCCUUCCUCGUGUUGGCAUCAGAGGCUGUGGUGAAGGCGGACAAUUGUGCAGCGUCACUUCACAAGACGCCGCUACCGUGUGAUCAGGUAGGUUGCCUGCACAUUUGCCGCGAGCAUGUGAAUGGGGAAGGGCACGCGUGCCCUCAGUGCAGUUGGAGUGCUAGUUGCAACUAUAAUGGAUUAUGCCGGUGUGAUGUCUGCCUCCCUCCUCCUUCAGCUCCUAUCCAACACCAACAGAGCGACUGAUAUAUACUGGUACUACCUUUCUGAGAUAGGGACAGGAUAGUUGGUUCUCUGUAAUAAGAUCACGGUGUACCGGGCGUGAUCUACUCAUUGUACUAGAAUGCAUGGGAAUCUGAUAUCACUUCACCGGUUAUAUGAUAUAAUGAA